CGUCCGUACUGCGUUAUGGCGUUACCGGGGGAGCUUCUGCCUGCCACAGAGCUGGUCCUCACUGCGCAGAGAGCGAUGUCGGCUUUUGUUAUAGCGGCGGGACUGGUCGGCAUUUACUUUUUCUUGCAGCAAACUCUCUUCAAGAGGGCUAGAUGCAAAAGCCCUGUCAGGCUGUUGGGAAAGACUGUGAUUAUAACAGGUGGCAACACGGGGAUUGGGAAGGCCACAGCUCUGGAGCUGGCUAGGAGAGGGGCCAGGGUCGUCCUGGCCUGCCGCAACAGACAGAAGGCAGAGGCGGCCAUCUGCGACAUCAGGAGGGAAACCGGCAACAGUGAGGUGGUGUUCAUGGAGCUGGACCUGGCCAGCCUGCAGUCUGUGCGCUCCUUCGCCGAGACCUUCCUGAAGACGGAGCCCAGGCUGGAUCUGCUCAUCAAUAACGCAGGUAUGAUGGGUCCAGGCAGGACUGCGGAUGGUUUCGGCAUGGCCUUUGGGGUCAAUCACCUGGGUCACUUCCUGUUGACCUCUCUCCUGCUGGAGCGGCUGAAGGAGGGGGGUCCGAGCCGCGUGGUCAACGUCGCGGCGCUGCUCCACCGCCUGGGCGAUAUCGACUUCGGCACCCUGAGCACCCACAAAGACCUGGUGCCCCACCAGUCCGCCUGGCAGAACUUCAGGGCCUACUGCCACAGCAAGCUGUGCAACCUGCUCUUCACCCGUGAGCUGGCCAACAGGCUGGAGGGCACCAGCGUCAGCUGCUACAGUCUCCACCCAGGAGUGGUGGACACAGAGCUGGCCCGCGGGGUGGUGCCUCUUCUGCUGCCCGUGGCCAGGCUGUUCUUCCUGGACGCGGAGGAGGUGGGGGCCAAGGCCCGGGACGACGCGGUGGCCAGGAAGCUGUGGGAGGUCAGCGAGAGGCUGACCGGCCUGGCCUGACUGCACACAGGGGACAAUAGAUGAGCCAGCACCAUCAAACUCCAGUUUCCUGAGAAGAGGGCUGACGACGUAUUUAUGCCUGUCUGUCGGAGGACAACGUUUGAAUCAUUCUUUUGUUUUGAAACACUUUUCUGUGACCGAUCGAGGCUGUUAAAGAAAUGCAUUUAUUUUUUGGAACCGCACAAAUGUUGACAGCUGGAAAUGUAUUAUCACAGGGGGAAGAGUGAGCUGCCAGUGCAGCAAUAAUAUCUCAGAUCUGGGGAGCGAUUGCUUGGUGAUAAAUGUUUUACAAGUUUUUUUACAAAUCCGCCAGCACGCAGUGGACUUACAGCGCGGAUCACACCUUGUGUUUUGGCCCUGGUUCUGCUUCAGCGAUGUCCGAGGCUGGGAUUCGCGGGCAGGCGAGUCUGUAAGAUGUCUGCCGGUCUCACUACCACUGCGUCCCACUGUCUGUAAUCUGUCCGUCUGUUUUUUUUUUUUUCCCGUUUCAAUCCAAGCCGGGGUUACUGGCGCGGAUCCUGGCACCCACCUCUCACUGUGGCACAAGUGCUGCCAACGAUGAACUGCUGUGCUCCGCCAUUCCUUCACGAACACGCUGCUGGCGCCUGAUCGGGUUUAUUGAUCGGGAUGACGGCGCCGUAGCGGAGCCCGCGCUGUAGCUGGAGGCAUGGGUGGGCCGAGCCCCUCUGUGAUGGGCGCCCGCAGUGCGGUUGAAUCCCCUGAGAGCCGUCCUCUUUGUGACAGAUGCGGGGGACCCGGAGUUUGCCAGGGAGCUUGCUUCCCACGCCUUCUCCACCGAAAAUUCACAUCCGCAAAGGAAGUGGGAAAUCGGAUGCGGUGUGUUUGAGAUCAGUUUGAUUGACACGGGUUCUUCCGAGCUUCUGUUUUGUUGAAUCAGGUCUGGUUGCUGUGUGUUCAUGUGAAUCCAUUAUUGCAGAGUCACAGCAGUGAAUGUGCAGCACUAUCUUUACCCUGUUUUUAGCAGUCCAGGCACCGGGGACAUUAAUGAUUGUAUUUGCCACAGACGAUACCUUGAUUAAAUGAGGCACCUGGGACUGCCUCCUCCCCCUGAGGAGAACCACUACCAAGCCCUGCACUCUGAUUUUUUUUUUUUUUUUACGUGCUGUUGGUAUCUGAGCUGCAUAGUUGUGUGUUGAUGUUUCUCCCUUUGCUGUGAAGUGACCUCCCCUUGCUACUGCCACAGUGUGGGGUGUGUUAGAAUUGUGCGGCUUCCAUGUCUGCUUGCUGGCUCAAUAAAUAUUUUCUCCUCUUUUGAAAAA